AAUUAAUUUUUUUUUUCUUAAAAAAUAUUUGGUAUAAUUCACACAUAACAUCCAUACUUUUUAUACCACACAAUAGUGAUCAUGUCAUCGUCUUCAAAUCAAAAGAGAUUAGACCUUUUAGUAAAAUGGUUUGAUGAUCACAAGAUUAAAUGGAAUAAAGAAGCUUUAGAAAUUCGAGAAGUCAAUGGUUCUUUUGGUGUUUAUGCUAAAAAAAAUGUAAAAAAGGGCAAAACAGUUGUCAAGAUCCCUAAAGAAUGCAUUCUAUCUAUCAAAACAACGGGCAUUGCUAAUAUUUUGGAUGAGGCUAACCUUGAAGGGGGUUGUCCUCUUGCUUUAGCCGUAUUAUACGAAAUGGCACAAAAAGAGGCUUCACCUUGGUAUGGUUAUCUUCAAGCUCUUCCAGAUCAAGGUGCAGAUCUUCCUAUUUUUUGGGAUGAAGAAGAACAAGCAAUAUUUAGAGGUACUGAGAUGGAAUCAGCAGUACAAAAUGACUUGGAUGAUUUAGAAGAUGAUUAUGGAGAAUUGAUUGAACCUAUUUUAGAAGAGCAUCCUUAUAUUUUUGAUCGUGGUACUAAUUUAGAUGACGAUCCUUAUUCAUUUGAUAGAUUCAUCAAAGUAUCUACCUUGAUCUCAUCACGUGCUUUUGAAGUAGAUGCUUAUCAUGAAAACGCUCUCGUACCUUUUGCGGAUUUAUUUAAUCAUCGUGGCGAAAAUGAACAUGUUCACUUCGAAACUGAGUUUGAAGUGUGUGAUGCUUGUGGUGCUCCAGAAUAUUGUGAACAUGAAUAUCUUACAUAUCUCGAACAAGAGGAAGAAGAAAAAGAAAACGAUAAGGAGGAGAAAGGAGAAGAUGAUGGUGAUGAUGAAGAAAUAGAAGAGGAUGAAGAAGAUUGGGAGGAUGAAGAAGAAGAAAUGCCAAUGGAUACUGAAUUACCUGAUUUAGAAGAAUUAGAAAAAGCAGGGAUUGACUUUUAUGAUGUAGACAAUGACGAUGAUGAGAAAAAGGAUACUUGUGAUAUGGUAGUUGAUCAUAAUAUUAAAAAGGGUGAGGAAGUGUUUAAUACUUAUGGCGAUCAUCCUAAUAUUGCUUUGUUGAGCAAAUACGGUUUCUGUUAUGAUGAUAAUAAGAAUGAUUAUAUUUCUAUCAGUGAAGAUUCGAUUGUUGAAUGCUGUCUUGCUAUUUCUGCAGAGAUUUUAAGACAAGAAAAUGGGAAUGAUGAAAAAGAAAUCGAGAAAUUAGCAUUAGAACGUACACGACCUCGUUGGGAAUUCUUUUUACAGAACGAACAUGUAUUAUGUCCUUCUGAAGGUGAUGAAGAAGAAGAGCAAAUAGAUGAUUAUGAAGAUGAUCAAGAUGGUUGUUGUAGUGAUGAUGGACAUGAACAUGAGCAUGGACAUGAACACGAACACGAACACGAACACGAACAUGAUGAAAAUGAUGAAUGCUGUGGUGGUGGCAGCGAUUAUGAUGAACAUGGUAUGCAAGGUCGUUCUCGUCCCUAUUUUAUUAAUUAUGAAGGAUUAUUUGAGGACAAAGUAAUGUGUCUACUUUAUGUGAUGUUUGUACCAGAAACUACAUUUGCUACUUUUGUUGAAGACGUCAAUAAUGCUUUGACUUAUUUUGAAAACCUUGCAAAGAAUAAGAGCAAAGUACCUAGUGAUGUUAGACAUAAUGUAUACCAAGUAUGCCUUGCUCUCGUUGAAUACAGACGCUUAGAAUACCUUGAAGAGAAUGAAUGGAAACCAAUUGCUGAAGAUAUUAAAGAACGUGAUAAGGCUGCUGGUGAAAAUAUGAGAAAAUAUUAUGCUUUAACUUGUCGUAUUAGUGAAAAGAAGAUCAUUGAAAAGGCUAUUGACUAUUAUAGCAAAUUAAUCAAAGAACACUCUUCUACAAAAAGCAAAAAGACGUGUUCAACCAAAAACAAGACUAAAAAAAUGAAAUUAUAAUAAUAUCUUAUAUAUACACACAAAUGCAUAUGAUAGAAAAUACAUAUAAAUAUAU